AUGGGGUCCCACAGGCCUCCGAGCCGCGUGUGGAGCUCCGGCCUCCGGGGUGGGGUGGGUACGGACGGCGAGGACGACGGGCCCGUAUGGAACCCCAGCCCGGCCAGCCGCAACUACCUGCUCAGCGUGAGGCCCGAGAUCAGCUUAUCAAGCAACCGGUUGUCUCACCCCAGCUCUGGAAGGAGCACCUUCUGCUCCAUUAUUGCCCAGCUGACGGAGGAGACGCAGCCCUUGUUUGAGACCACCCUCAAGUCCAGGGCUGUGUCUGAAGACUGCGAUGCCAGGUUCACUUGUGUUGUCACAGGAUACCCAGAGCCCGAGGUGACCUGGUACAAGGAUGAUGAGGAGCUGGACCGUUACUGUGGCCUGCCAAAGUAUGAGAUUUCUCAGCAGGGAAGUCGGCACACCCUGCAGUUGUACAAUUCUUUCUCUGGAGGUGGAGAGCAUCCUUUGUCAUCAUUCCUUAGGAUUGCCUCGGAGACCCAGGCGGCCGGAGCUCCUGCAGCCUCCACAGAGGGCCUUGGCCCCAGCCUCGAGGGAGGCCGGGGGAGCCCUGAGCCCAUGGAGGUGGAGACCCAGGAGGAGGAGAGGAUGAAGAGGGAUAGAAGGACCCCGAUGGAUGUCAGUGCCCAGGACGAUGGGAUGACGCAAGAAGACUCGAGGACGUGUGCUGGUUUGAGGACGCAGAGCAGGACGCAGAGCAGGACCCAGACAGAUGUGAAGCAACAGGUGGUGGGAAGAACCCAGAUGGAGAGCCCUGGCACAGCUGGGCGGACGCAGGUGGUGGCAGCCCCCCAACCGGGGUGGGAGCAGGGCCAGCAGCCCGCGGCCCCCGAGCUCCACACGGCAGAGGCUCCUCGGAGGCCCAGCCGCUUCUCCUCCCGUCCUUCACCACUCGGGUGUGAGGAGGCGCCCGCUCCGGUCCUCGGGGACAGGCAGAGCCUCCCAGCCCAGCAGAGCCUCCCAGCCCAGCAGAGCCUCCCAGCCCAGCAGAGCCUCCCAGCCCAGCCUGCUCCAGGAGGUGCUGCGAGGACGGUGGACAGAGAGGGAGGCCCAGAAGGAGACAGAGUUCCUCAGCCGUCCCGGGGCCACACGGCCCGGCUCACUUCGGAACCGGCAAACCCUGAGACAUGUAUGGGAGGCUCCAACCCUGCGGUGGAGAUGAGCCGUGGCUCAGCCUCUCCUCCACCAUCUCCCAGAAGCAUUCCUAGCCCAAAGGCGGCCUGUCUCCCAAAGAGCAAGCAGGCAGAGCAGGCCAGAGGAGGAGGGCUCGGCCCAGUAGCUUCUGGGCACACAGAGGUGGCCGGGGGGUGGCCUGGUCCUGAGCCGCAGCCCGGAGUCGGGACCCCCCGCCAGGGGCACCAGCCUUCGGGGACUGAGGCUGCCCCGAGCAGCAGGAACACUCCAGGUGCGCAUGGGGAGUGUGAAGCCGAGGUCCCAGCAGCCGGGGUGAGGACCCCCAGCCCCACGGCCCCUGACAGUGGCCUCAUUGAUUCCUUGAAGAAUUACUUACUCCUGCUCCUGAAGCUGUCCAGUGCAGACACUGACAGGAGUGAAACGGAAGCCAGAGGGAGACCAGAGGGCCAGCAGCCUCCCGCAGGGGGACCGGGGCCCCCAGACACCCUGGCACCCACCGUCGAGAUCGCUGGCUUGAGCCCCCGGACAUCCCGGAAGAUCCUGGAGCGAGUGGAGAACAACCACCUCAUUCAGAGUGCACAGAGCUUGCAGCUGAGCCCCUGCACCUCCCGCCGGCUCACUGGCCUCAUUGACCAGGAGCUAGAGUCUGGCCACAAGGCCUUGGUGGCGGGGAGGCCCCUGGCCAAACGCCCCAGUCCCCUGACAGUCCCUACCAUUGUGGUGGGGGAGGAGACCCAGGGGGAGAGCCUGGAACAAAGUAGCCAGGGGGCUGCUGAGGAAACCAAGGCUGGGCCCAGGGAAAGCAGAAUAGGGGAGUCCCUUUGGGCCAGUGGGGAACAAGGGUCCUCCAGGAUGGGGGAGCCCCUUGGAGAGAAUAAAAGAGAGGAACCCUUCAGGGAUACAGAGCUCUCAGGAGAUAAUGGGGGGAGUCUCCCAGGAGCAACCCCAGAGGAGCUGGCCUUGGGAGCUCGGAGAAAGAGAUUUCUCCCGAAAACCAAAGCGGCUGGAGAGGGGGAAGCCCCUGCUCCAGAAGAAAGGGAAAGCCCCACUGUUUCUCCCCGUGGGUCCAGGAAGAGCCUGGCACCCGGAUCUCCCCUGAUUCCCCCAAAGGAGAGACCCUCCCCAUCCCAGAACAGAAAGAUGCUGGAGGUGCCCCAUCCGGACGAGGACUCCGUGGACCUCGGCUCCGCUCCCAAGGGCAGUGGGCCAGACACAGAGUUGGCCCCUGAAGAUGGCAAACAGGACGAGCCAGCCAAGCCCAGAAAAACCAAAGACCUUUUCAAGGCCCCCCAGGUGAUUCGGAAGAUCCGGGUAGAACAGUUUCCUGAUGCUUCAGGGAGCUUGAAACUCUGGUGUCAAUUCUUCAAUAUCCUCAGUGACUCGGUAUUGACUUGGGCCAAGGACCAGCUCCCUGUGGCUGAGGUGGAGCGGAGCGUGGGAGACGAGGGGCCAGCGGCCUUAGCCAUCGUCCAGGCUUCGCCUCGAGACUGUGGGGUCUACCAGUGUACCAUCCGAAACGAGCACGGCACCGACUCGACUAACUUUUGUCUCAGCCCCGAAGUGUUGUCAGGAUUCAUCUCCAGAGAAGAAGGUGAAGUUGGAGAAGAGAUUGAGAUGACACCCAUGGUGUUUGCCAAGGGCCUUGCCGACUCCGGCUGCUGGGGGGACAAACUUUUUGGGCGGCUGGUGAGUGGAGAACUUCGUGGAAGUGGACAUGGACGUGGUCUUCGCAAGGCCUCCCAGGCCAAGGUUAUCUACGGACUGGAGCCCAUCUUCGAGUCAGGCCGAACUUGUGUCAUCAAGGUUCCCAACCUACUUGUGUUUGGCUCCAGCAGUGAGAACUCUCUACUGGGGAGGAAUUAUGAUGUCACCAUCCAGGGAUGUAAGAUCCAAAACAUGAGCAGAGAGUACUGCAAGAUCUUUGCGGCUGAGGCCCGAGCUGCCCCUGGUUUUGGGGAAGUUCCUGAGAUCAUCCCCCUGUACCUGAUCUACCGACCAGCAAACAACAUCCCAUAUGCCACUCUGGAGGAGUACCUGGGGAGGCCCUUGGAGCCAUACUGUGCCCGUGAUUGGGAGAGUGGUGGCACCCAGGCAGAACCUGCUACCUCCGAGGCUGCCCAGAAAUGCCGGACCUUCCAGCACUGGUUAUAUCAGUGGACAAAUGGCAGCUUUCUGGUCACGGACCUUGCAGGUGUUGAUUGGAAAAUGACGGAUGUACAGAUAGCUACCAAGCUUAAAGGGUACCAAGGUCUCAAGGAAAGCUGCUUUCCAGGCCUCCUUGAGCAGUUUGCUGUUUCACAUCAAUGCAAUACCUACUGUGAGAUGUUGGGGCUGAAGCCUCUCAAGAGCCUUGAGACUCUCUACCCCAUGGCCAAGGCCAAGGGCUCCAAGAGUCCCUCCUCGGGCAGGAAAGCCCCUUCAUCCUCUCAGUUGAGCCCCCAGCUUCAGAAGAAAGGUCAUCCCAGCCCCCAGGGAUCCCGGAAGAGCACCUCAAGCUUGAAGGCCAUCCCUAGGUCCCCUGAGACUGCUGAUACACACUUGGAUAGCCAAACUACGACCCAGGAAAGGGGCUCCAAGGCUCAGGGCAUGUGAUAAUCAUGAUUGGAGGCUGGGGGCCUCCACCCAGAUUAAAGAUCAAUCAGGAAGCAAUUUAAACCGUACAGUCAAUAUCCUAACAUAAAAGUGGAAAGAAUGGGUGGGUGUAGCCCCUGUUGCAGGAGCACCCUCCCCACAUCUGUAAGAGGCCUCUUCUUUCUCCUCUUGCCUCAGAGAGAGAGGACCCACAGUGUAUAAAGCGGCACUGGGGUCUCACUGGAGGACCUGGACCUCAAAGAAGGAUUCAGGGAUGAGCUGGGAUGGUUCAUGCCAAUCUCUGUUUCAUUCAUUUGAGGUCUCAGUACAUGUCUAGGUAUGGAACCCACAGCCUCUCUCCAGGCUUGGUGGACAUAAAGGGAGCCAGGAAAAACCCUUGGCAUGGCAAAAUGCCUGGAGCUUAUGUGCUCUGAGAGCACCACAGUGCUGGGUGCCAAGGGUCUCCUGUGUAGUGCCCUCCGGGACGUUUACAGUUGCUAUUGGCUAGAGGGUCCCUUUGCAUUCCUAGGCCAGGUGUUUAGGCUGCCCUCAUCAUAGUCAAAUUCUGAAGUGUGGUUUCUCUGGGGAAUGCCCUGGGCAGAGGCUUUCCUCUUUCAAUAUUGCUUGGCACUGAACUCUUGGCAUUAACCAAAGCUGCUUAACCCUGUCUGUUGGGAUUGGGCUGGUGCUCCUACUUGCUGGCAACCACCCAACCCAGAGUCUGUUCAGCUUCUAGACACUUUGCCUCCUGUCUCCCAGCUCUUCCUUCAACUAACCUGCCUCUGCGUUUGGGGGAAAAACUCGGGACCCUACCUAGAGUUUCUUCCCUAGCACCGUGUCCGUUUGUCUUGUGUGUUAUAACAAUGAUGGGCAUUCACUCUCCUCCUUUCCCCAUUUCCCUCUUCACUGCUGAUUCCCUUUCUCCCCAAGGUUCUGAUCCUCACUUAGGCUUUUCACUUGCUUUUUUUCUUGGCUGAAUCCUUUUUUAAUUCAGCACUGGCUGUUCUUUGCUGAGAGAUGGGGCCCAGACUUCACCCUGGCACAGGGGAAAUUGCUGCCUCUGCUUGCAUCUCACAUCCUGUUCUCUUUCUCAAGUUUGUCCCCAGCAAUCAGGGCUUUGGGCUCUGCUCAGACACUGCAGUGCGAUUAAAGACGGGCAUCAGCCUCUGUGGCACAUGGGCUAGUGCUUAGCUGGGGAGGAGGUAGAGAAUAUUAUGGAGCUACAGUGAUUCUCAUAUAUUCCUGCACAGCCAGUGCCUGAGAGUUGAGUGAAGGAAAUUUUUUGCUCAGGGUAGAUUGUGUGUUGGGUGAGAUGGGUAGACAGAGAAGAAGGAAGGAGCUAGCCUAGCUAGAUCUAGGGGUUCUAGAUCUCUUAUGUCCUAGCUCUCAGACAGAGGUCUGGGGUCCUGGGGGGAAGCGUAGUAGCCCUCUGAUUCAUUUCUUUGAUUCUGGAUUUCUCUUUAAGAACUUAAAAAGAAAAUGUAGCCUGAGGCCUAGGAUCUCAGCUUAGGGACAGCUCCUCCUUUCUGAGAAUCUCUUGUUCUGGUCUGUACUGGGAUGGGUACACUCUGUAUGGUGAAGGGGCUUGCAUGCUCCAUUUUGAAUGCAAUAAAGGCAAUGAGUGCUUGUC